AUGGUUCCGAAACCGCAAAAUGCGACUGUUCAGUCGGUCACCCACCGCCCGCUGCCGCCUCUCCCAAAGCUCCGCGUUAGACGACCGAACAAGCCCGAGACAAACCCUUGCCUAGGCCUCAUGUCUUCAGUUCUGGGAUGCUGGGCAUCGUCAGGACAAGCAGCAGCUGCCCAAGGCUGUGCGCAGCUCGAACAGAGACUACGGCAGUGCAUGGAUGCACCACGCGACACCAACCCGAAGAAAAACAACAUCAACUACCACCUCUCACGCAUGUAUCCCAACAUCGUCGGGCCUCACAAGCGGAACUAG